AUGGACAGAAAACAGUUGGAAAAAGCAAUGCAUUAUUUAAAUCCAGUUACUGAACUUGUUGCCAGACAAAAGAGGAAAGAAUGGCUUUAUAGAAAGGCUUUUAUCAGAAGAUGUGAAAAUCUCAGAAAGGCUGAAACUGAGGUGGAUUUGCUUGGAGAUCAAGUAGAAGUACUGUUAGGCCUACUUGAGAAGAUAUACAAUAUACUGCAUCACUAUUCACCAGUGCUGCAGCAGUAUUUUGAGGUGUUGGAUAUCUUGAACAUGAUUAGAAAACAAUUGAUUGGUGAAGUUCUUUUCCCCUCUCAAGGAGAUUGUUGAUUCAACUUUUUGCUAUUAUAUGUAAUAUUAUGUUGAACUAUCAAAAAAUUAUAUG